AUGUAUCUAUCGUUAUAUCUGACUCUCUCUCUCAGUCUGUCUAUCGAUCAAUCUAUUUGCGUCUUUUUCAUAUCUAUCUAUCUAUCUAUCUAUCUAUCUAUCUAUCUAUCUAUCUAUCUAUCUCCCUUUUCAUUUUCCAAUCUAGCUAGCUCAAUCCUUUUUCAUUCUGUCUAUCGAUCAAUCUAUUUGCGUCUUUUUUUCUAUCUAUCUAUCUAUCUAUCUAUCUAUCUAUCUAUCUAUCUAUCUAUCUCCUUUUCAUUUUCCAAUCUAGCUAGCUCAAUCUUUUUUCAUCUCAAUCAUUUUCAUGUAUCUAUCGUUAUAUCUGACUCUCUCUCAGUCUGUCUAUCGAUCAAUCUAUUUGCGUCUUUUUCAUAUCUAUCUAUCUAUCUAUCUAUCUAUCUAUCUAUCUAUCUCCCUUUUCAUUUUCAAUCUAGCUCUCAAUCCUUUUUCAUGUAUCUAUCGUUAUAUCUGACUCUCUCAGUCUGUCUAUCGAUCAAUCUAUUUGCGUCUUUUUCAUAUCUAUCUAUCUAUCUAUCUAUCUAUCUAUCUAUCUAUCUCCUUUUCUUUCAUCUGUCUAUCUAUCUAUUUCUAUUUCAUAUCUAUCUAUCUAUCUAUCUAUCUAUCUAUCUAUCUAUCUAUCUCCCUUUUCAUUUUCAAUCUAUCUCAUUUUCAAAUCCUUUUCAUGUAUCUAUCGUUUAUCUGACUCUCUCUCAGUCUGUCUAUCGAUCAAUCUAUUUGCGUCAGUCUAUCUCUAUCUAUCUAUCUAUCUCCUUUUCAUUUUCCAAUCUAGCUAGCUCAAUCCUUUUUCAUUAUCUAUCGUUAUAUCUAUCUGUCUAUAUCUAUCUAUCUAUCUAUCUAUCUAUCUAUCUAUCUAUCUAUCUAUCUAUCUCCUUUUCAUUUUCCAAUCUAGCUAGCUCAAUCCUUUUUCAUGUAUCUAUCGUUAUAUCUGACUCUCUCUCAGUCUGUCUAUCGAUCAAUCUAUUUGCGUCUUUUUUAUAUCUAUCUAUCUAUCUAUCUAUCUAUCUAUCUAUCUAUCUAUCUAUCUCCUUUUCAUUUUCCAAUCUAGCUAGCUCAAUCCUUUUUGUAUCUAUCGUUAUAUCUGACUCUCUCUCAGUCUGUCUAUCGAUCAAUCUAUUUCGUCUUUUUCAUAUCUAUCUAUCUAUCUAUCUAUCUAUCUAUCUAUCUAUCUAUCUAUCUAUCUCCUUUUCAUUUUCCAAUCUAGCUAGCUCAAUCCUUUUUCAUGUAUCUAUCGUUAUAUCUGACUCUCUCUCAAUAACUCUAUCCUUUUUCAUGUGUCUAUCGUUAUAUCAGACCCUCUCACAGUCUGUCUAUCGAUAUAACUAUCCGCGUCUUUUUCCUUUCUAUCUAUCUAUCUAUCUAUCUAUCUAUCUAUCUAUCUAUCUAUCUCCUUUUCAUUUUCCAAUCUAG